GCCACAGCCAGUGGAGGCAAGACGGGUGCAGGGCCUGUGGGGAGGGAGGGAGGUGCCAGCACUCCGAGCCCUGAGGCCCUGCUGGCCCCUGGGCACAGGCCCAGCUCCGGCCCCCAGGAAUGGACCUUGCGGACCCCGACAUCUUUAAUAGGGAUCCCCGGGACCACUAUGACCUGCUGCAACGGCUGGGCGGCGGCACCUAUGGGGAAGUCUUCAAGGCUCGAGACAAGGUGACGGGGGACCUGGUGGCACUGAAGAUGGUGAAGAUGCAGCCUGAUGAUGAUGUUUCUACACUUCAGAAGGAAAUCCUCAUCUUGAAAACUUGUCGGCAUGCCAACGUCGUGGCCUACCAUGGGAGUUAUCUCUGGCUGCAGAGGCUCUGGAUCUGCAUGGAAUUCUGUGGGGCGGGUUCUCUCCAGGGUAUCUACCAAGUCACAGGCCCCCUGUCAGAGCUCCAGAUCAGCUAUGUCUGCUGGGAAGUGCUCCAGGGACUGGCCUAUCUACACUCACAGAAGAAGAUACACCGGGACAUCAAGGGAUCCAACAUCCCCAUCAACGACCCUGGGGAGGUCAGACUGGCUGACUUUGGUAUAUCGGCCCAGAUCGGGGCCACACUGGCUCGACGCCUCUCUUUCAUUGGGACACACUACUGGAUGGCUCCGGAAGUGGCAGCCGUGGCCCUGAAGGGGGGAUACAACGAGCCCUGUGACAUCUGGUCCCUGCACAUCACAGCCAUGGAAUUAGCCGAGCUACGGCCACCCCUCUUUGACGUUCAAACUCUCAGAGUUGUCUUGCUCAUGACCAAGAGUGGCUAUCAGCCUCCUCGGCUAAAGGAAAAAGACAAAUGGUCGGCUGCCUUCCACAUCUUCGUCAAAGUCACCCUCACCAAGAGCGCCAAGAAACGACCUGGUGCCACCAAGAUACUCAGUCACCGACUGUUGUCCCAGCCUGGGCUAAACAGAGGCCUGAUCCUAGAGCUUCUUUACAAACUGAGGAACCCAGGGAAGGGGGCAGCUGUUGGCGAGAUUGAAGAUGAGGAGCCUGAGCUACCCCCCGCCAUCCCUCGGCGGAUCUGAUCCACCCAUCGAUCCAGCUCUGUGGGGAUCACACAUGCGGACUGCUGUCGGCGGCACAUAGAGUUCAUGAUGCUCAGAGGCAUGUAGUCCAGACCCACAGCUGACAGGGCUCGCUUACAACCCCCUGGAGGCUUCAAGAGCAGCAGUCCUAGGAGGAACCUGUCAGAGUCCGAAGAUGACUACGACAACGUGGACAUAUCAUCUGAUGUAUUUCCCCACUCUCCCUCUCUGUUUCCAAAGCCCAAGUUCCGUUCUCCAUCUGACGAGGGUCCUUGGGGGACUGCGGAUGAGGGGCAGCUGAGCCCAGGGGUACUGGUCCGCUGUGCCAGUGGGCCACCUCCCCGCACACCCCAGCCUCCCGCAGCCACCCGAAGCCCCCACCUAACCGCUCAUGCAGAACCUUCACUCUGGAACCCAACCCUCCGGGAGCCUGACCAGCCCCCGCUCUUGCCCCCCAUGAAGGAAAAGAUGAAGAGAAAGGGUUGUGCCCUUCUCCUAAAGUUGUUCAAUGGCUGCCCUCUCCGGAUCCACAGCACGGCGGCUUCGACACACCCCUCCAACAUAUACCAGCACUUACACCUGGGAGCUGAGGAAGGCAUUUUCAUUCUGAACCGAAAUGAUCAGGGGGCCACGCUGGAGAUGCUCUCUUCUAGCCGGACUACCUGGGUGUUCUCCAUCAACAAUGUCCUCAUGUCUCUCUCAGGAAAGACCCCACACCUGUAUUCUCAUAAGAUCCUGGGCCUGCUGGAACGGAAAGAGACCAGAGCAGGAAGCCCCAUUGCUCACAUCAGUCCCCACCGGCUACUAGCAAGAAAGAACAUGGUCUCCACUAAGAUCCAGGAUACCAAAGGCUGCCAGGCGUGCUGUGUGGCGGAGGGCGCUAGCUCCGGGGGCCCGUUCCUGUGUGGGGCAUUGGAGACAUCCGUGGUCCUGCUUCAGUGGUAGCAGCCCGUGAAGAAGUUCCUGCUGGUCCGGAUAGGGGGCCUCGGCCCGCAGCAGGUGCUCUUCCCGCUACCCACGCCUCUGCCGGUGUUCUCACUGCUGACCGGGCCAGGCUCCGAGCUGCCCGCCGUGUGCAUCGGCGUGAGCCCCGGGCAGCCGGCGAAGUCGGUGUUCUUCCACGCCGUGCGCUUCGGCGCGCUCUCCUGCUGGCGGGGCGAGAUGAGCGCAGAGCCCAAGGGACCAGUACAAGUGACUCAGGUCGAGGAAGACAAGGUG